GGGGCUUGGGAGGCGGGGCCUAGGAUGAGCUGCCUAAGCGAUGAGGUCAUCGCGUAAGACGCAGCGCUUGGGUCCCCGCCCACCCGCCCAAUGAGAGUAGCGUCCAGAUCCCGGUUGUCUACGUUUCAAUCUUAACGGCUGCGGCGCUGCGCUGGCAUCGGCGCACGCGCGCCUUGGCAGACACGCACGCUCGCCCGCACGCACGCACGCACGCACGCCCGGACGCACGCGCCUGGGGCGUUGGUUGGGAGAGUCUGGGACGCGCCGGACUUGAGCGUACGGGCGGGCAGGCGCGCGCGUGGCCAUGGGUGAGGCCGAGACGCCUUCUUUUGAGAUGACCUGGAGCAGCACGACCAGCAGUGGCUACUGCAGCCAGGAGGACUCCGACUCGGAGCUCGAGCAGUACUUCACGGCGCGCACCUCGCUGGUCCGCAGGCCGCGCCGGGACCAGGAUGAGCCAGCGGAGUGGAAGACACCAGAACUUUCUCAGGCUGAAAUUGAGCAGAAGAUCAAGGAGUACAAUAGCCAGAUAAACAGCAACCUCUUCAUGAGCCUGAACAAGGAUGGCUCCUACACAGGCUUCAUCAAAGUUCAGCUGAAGCUGGUGCGUCCUGUCUCUGUGCCCUCCAACAAGAAACCACCCUCUCUACAGGACGCCAGGCGAGGCACAGGGCGGGGCACAGCUGUGAAGCGCCGCACCUCCUUUUACCUGCCCAAGGAUGCUAUCAAGCACCUACACGUCCUGUCCCGCACUCGGGCACGCGAGGUCAUCGAGGCUCUGCUUCGCAAAUUCUUGGUGGUUGAUGAUCCCCGGAAAUUUGCACUCUUUGAACGGGCUGAGCGUCAUGGACAAGUGUACUCCCGGAAGCUCUCAGAUGAUGAACAGCCCCUGAAGAUACGACUUCUUGCAGGACCCAGUGAGAAGGCUCUGAGCUUCGUCCUGAAGGAGAAUGACCCCGGGGAAGUGAAUUGGGAUGCCUUCAGCAUGCCUGAACUACACAACUUCCUGCGUAUCCUGCAGCGAGAGGAAGAGGAGCACCUUCGCCAGAUCCUCCAGAAGUACUCCCAUUGCCGCCAGAAGAUCCAAGAAGCCCUACAUUCCUGUCCUUUGGGAUGACCUCUUAGACCCCUGGCUGGCAGGAGGAGUGCAGGCAGUGCCAAGCGCGUGCCGUGUGAAUGUGAGCGAGUCCAUUGGGCCUGAAGAGUGAGUGUGCGUGCAGGUUCCCUCCUGUUGAGGGAAAUAAGCCCAGAAAAGAGCAAAGAAGCUGUCCCCGUGUCCACCGGUGGGUGUAGCAGGGCAUGGCUUGCCGCCCCUCUGACCCUCACGUUCAGGGUCACAGUGGGCCAGGGCUACUCUAGGUAGCAGCAGCUCCAGGUUUGCAGCAGGGGUGGAGCAGACAAGAGUCUCCGUACUUCAUUUCUCAAAAGUGAGAAUCUUGGGAGACUCUCCAAACACAAAAGCGUGGUGUUUUCAGGGAUGGGGGCCCUGAUCGGUGGGGAAAGGUUUGGGGUCUUGGACAAAGUCCCAGGAUAGCCCUAAUUAGAGCCAAGAGUGGGUGCUCAGAGUAAAGCAGACAUCGAGGUAGACUCUCUGGUUCUCUCUCUAGUGCCUUAUGAGUCACAACUUCCUAAGGUCAGGGAGCUGCCUCAGUGCUGCCCCCAAGGAGGAAGUCUCUGGGCCAGGCCCAUUCCUUGUUUGCCAAAGCUAGGGUUUCUCCCUCAGAUUUUCUUAAUGAAGUGUGUGAAUGUAUGUAAUGUUUUAUGGCCUCAACUGAAUGCCUCCUGUGGGAAAAUGGAUGAGGGAUGACAGUCAUCAUCAGGGCCUGAGGCCUGAAAGAAUUGGCUGAAUAAAGAUGAAAAAGCCCUCCUG